UAAAUUUUAUGAUUAUCAUCUAUCAUAUAGUUUGUGUUAGUUGCUGGCAAAAUGCUCAAACCGUUAAAAAAAAGGCUGGUCCUCCGGUGUUUUAGUGUAGUAGGCUAUAAAAGUUAUUGCACCUCUUGAUAGACCUGCUUUAAUGGUGUACUUGUAGGCUAGUAACACAUGAGUAAUUAUUUUGAGAGAAGAAUUACCCAUGGCGUGGUGCUGAGCCUGUCUGCCGAGCGUGAGAGUGCUGAUGAAGUUUUUGGCUGGGAGUUGAGAGGCAGUACGCUGCAGCCAUGAUGAUGCGGCUGCUGCAGGCGGAGUCUGCUGGCCUGAGCCCUCUUUUCAGUCUGGCUGGCUGCUGUCCUGUCAUCGGCCUGGGUGUGGUCUUGCAGUCAGGGGUACCGUUAGCAGGAAAUCAAGCUCCAGCCCAUUUCACUUUAAGGCGAAACAAAGAAAAAAACACUCUCACAAGCGUAAGGCUGAAAAUAGUUCUUUGUAGUCGAGCUAAAAGUAACGUUUGUUUCCUCGAUACGGGAAGGCGUUUGAUUGGCGCCGUUGUUCUGAUGGGAAAAAGUUUUCUUCUGGUCUCGCUAACUACUCGUCUGAUUUAAUAACUUUUUUAUUAAACCUGAACCGGACGUGAACGAAAGAAAAGAUGCCGAAGACGAUUAGUGUGAGAGUCACCACAAUGGAUGCUGAACUGGAGUUCGCCAUUCAGCCAAAUACAACAGGAAAGCAACUCUUUGACCAGGUUGUUAAGACCAUUGGGCUGCGGGAGGUUUGGUACUUUGGACUCCAAUACCAGGAUACAAAGGGUUUCUCUACAUGGCUCAAGCUCAAUAAGAAGGUGACAGCCCAGGAUGUGAGGAAGGAAAGCCCGCUGCUGUUUAAGUUUCGUGCCAAAUUCUUCCCUGAGGAUGUGUCAGAGGAGUUAAUCCAGGAUGCCACACAGCGGCUGUUCUUCCUGCAGGUGAAGGAGGGAAUCUUAAAUGACGACAUCUACUGCCCACCAGAGACAGCAGUCCUCCUGGCCUCCUAUGCAGUGCAGGCCAAGUAUGCUGACUACAACAAGGAAGUCCACACACCAGGCUAUCUGUCCGGCGAACAGCUGCUCCCUCAGAGAGUUCUGGACCAGCACAAACUCAACAAGGACCAGUGGGAGGAGAGGAUUCAAGUGUGGCAUGAAGAACACAAGAGUAUGAUGAGAGAGGAAUCCAUGAUGGAGUAUCUGAAGAUCGCUCAAGAUCUCGAGAUGUACGGAGUCAACUACUUCAACAUCAAGAAUAAGAAAGGAACAGAACUGUGGUUGGGAGUGGAUGCUUUGGGGCUCAACAUUUAUGAACAGAAUGACAAAAUGACGCCCAAAAUUGGAUUUCCUUGGAGUGAAAUUAGGAACAUUUCCUUCAAUGACAAGAAGUUUGUCAUUAAACCAAUUGACAAGAAAGCACCUGACUUUGUAUUCUAUGCUCCGAGACUGCGCAUCAACAAGCGCAUUCUGGCUCUUUGCAUGGGCAACCAUGAGCUGUAUAUGCGCCGCCGCAAACCUGACACCAUUGAAGUGCAGCAGAUGAAGGCUCAGGCUCGGGAGGAGAAGAAUCACAAGAAGAUGGAGAGAGCUCUGCUGGAGAAUGAAAAGAGGAAAAGAGAAGUUGCAGAAAAGGAAAAGGAAAAGAUUGAAAGGGAAAAGGAGGAAUUAAUGGAGAGAUUAAAGCAGAUUGAGGAGCAGACGAAAAAAGCCCAACAAGAGUUGGAAGAGCAAACACAAAGGGCUCUGGAGUUGGAGCAGGAGAGGAAGAGAGCUCAGGAGGAGGCUGAACGCCUGGAGUCUGAUCUGAGGAGCGCUGAGGACGCCAAGAUGGCACUGCUGCACCAGUCAGAGAACCAGAUGAAGAACCAAGAACACCUGGCCACAGAGUUGGCUGACCUGACUUCAAAGAUUUCUCUCUUGGAGGAUGCCAAGAAGAAGAAGGAAGAAGAGGCAGUGCAGUGGCAACAGAAGGCUACCAUGGUGCAGGACGACCUGGAGAAAACCAAAGAAGAGCUUAAAAACAAAGUGAUGGCGGCUCACAUUCAGGAGCCCCUCAACGCAGAGAACGAGCACGACGAAAACGACGAGAGCAGCGCCGAGGCCAGCGCCGAGUUCACCACUGCCGCCACGUACAAGGACCGCAGCGAAGAGGAGCGCAUGACCGAGGCUGAGAAGAACGAACGUUUGCAGAAACACCUACUCGUUUUAAGCUCAGAGUUGGCCAACGCUCGGGAUGAGAGCAAGAAAACAGUGAAUGACGUCAUCCAUGCAGAGAACAUGCGAGCAGGACGAGACAAGUACAAGACCCUCAGACAGAUCCGGUCAGGAAACACCAAACAGCGUAUUGAUGAGUUUGAAUGCAUGUGAUGCCUGCAUUCACCAAUGCUAAAGCUCAUACAGAUGGGCCAUUCUUGCCUGGACUGCAGUCCUGCCUCACUCAAGCUGUUUCCUCUGUACCCAAACAAAUCAGAUCCACAACAUGACAUGGUUGCACAAGCACAGCACAAUGUUCAAAUAUGGAUCUGGAAAACUCCAUUUGUUAUCAUUCCUAACUUUGAAUUUAGGCAAGUCACUGGUUGAAAAGGGACAUACUGUAUUUUAUUAGUACAUUCCUCACAAGGGGUUUAUGUAGCAUAUUAGUAUUGGGCUCACGCCUCAUUUCAUAACUCAUUGAGUAAGCAUUUGUAAUUUCUUUAUAUAUUUCUGUCACAUUUUUUGUAUCAUGAUUUCAAAAUAAAACACAGAGACCAAUCCAAAUUUCAGUUUGAAAGCUGCCUGUAGACAUAUUUCUGCUGUACACAUGCAAUGGUUCUUCACAGCGAGUUGGAUUUUUCAGACAGUAAUAUUUCUUCCAUGUUCCGUUGCCCGUAGUUUAAAACCAAAUGCACUGUAAUCUGUCUGUGUGGAGCAUUCAUUUGAGCAGUAUUAUUUUUUGCAAAUUUACAAUUUAUUUACUUUACUUGACUGUAUUCAGAAUCUGCCAACUGUUACAAAUCAUACAGUCUUUACACCCCACUCACAAGGUGAUAUUAAAGGUCAAUUAUCUUUAAUCAUUAUCAUGUAGAUUUUUUUGUCUGUUUUUACAUUUCUGAACACCUUCUAGUCAGACUACAAGGCUUUAGUGUGAAGUUUGCUAUUAAACAAAUUAAUUUCCUUUUAAAUCUGCGUAGCGUUGUGGACAGAAUGAACUUGAUAUGGCAUAACCUAAAAUCCUAGAAUCCUAAGGUUUACAUCCUAUGUGUUUGCCUUGUACAAUAUUUGAAACAAUCUUUCUUAGAUAUGUCCACAAUUAGGCUCCCUGUCAUGUUACAUAAGAAAAAGAAGUUGAAUUUUUGUUAUGAAGCAACUAAUGCAAAUCUGGUGUCUGAAAAGCAUUUUAAUCACUAGCUAGAAGUUUUUAGCCUGCAUACACUGAAUAAAUGAGGUUGAAAUUUUACCUGCAAAAUCUAAUAAAAAUCAUGUAUUGUCUAUAUCUAUAUAUCUACACAGCCCACAUCUGUAGAAACUUUCACUUGUCACUUUUUCUAAAAUUGAGUGUUAAUCAGUAUCAUCAUCAAUUCAAUUCAGCAUUCAAUUUAAAAAACUAAUCAGACAUUUGAAGUUGAUUGUACUGAACCUAUAAGAGUUUUACCCUAGUUUAAUUCGCCUGCUUUUAAUUUUCAAUUCUGCUCAUCAGUGAGAUUUUGUUUUUUUGCAUUGAUAUAACCGGUACAGCAUAAGGAAUUACACUGUAAUUGUAACAUGUCAAGUUGGCUUUUGUUGGUAAACAAAUGCCAAUAAAGUAAUUUGUAAAGGUAAAAGUUGUAGUUUAAUCUUAAUUGCUCAGUCAUGUGUCACAGAAGGAACCUUUUUUCCACAAAAUCUUCAUAGAAGUUGAUGCAUAAAAUAAAAUCAUUUCAUUAAAUGUGCACUGGAAAAACAUAACUUACCUUUGCAAAAUAAGUCAAAACAGACUUACUGGCCUAGAUGGGCACAGUUCCCAAUGCAUGCAUUUUUGAUAUACUCUAUGUAUUUAAUUACAUUUGUGUAUUUUGUAAUUUGGAUUUUUCAGAUGUGAAGAUGAAAAAUAGACACCUCUGAGGAUAUUUUUGUAUGAUAAAAUCUAGAAGUACUAGUCAAAGAUAGCAGUUUUUGUUCAGAAAGAACAGCAUUUUGAAAACAGUAUUUUGUUGUAAACUAAUUGAGCAGUUCACUGCUGUGACAGUAAGCUGAUGGGACAAGCAACACGCGAAAGCCUGUGAUAGGACCAAUGAAAAGCCAGCCGCUACAGGAAAUGCUGUUCAUGGUAUAUUGCUAUAGGCAGACAAUACACCAUGAAUGGAAAUUUUAAACCAGACUAAAACAUUUUGCACAAAAAUUAACAUAAUGUACUUCCUUGUGCAAUUGUCCCAGAUUACAUUUUGGCAUUCAGACGUGCAUAGGGUUUUGCUUGUUCUCGGAUACUUAGAAAUUAGGGUUUGAAGAUUUAUUUUCACUAUUUUGAAGUUCAAAGUAAAUAUAUUUUAGUGAUAAAUAUUUCUUUUUAUUUUAUUUUGAUUUCUCUUAUUGAAUGAACAUUUGUCAUUUGUACCAAGAUGCAUUUUGAUAUACAGUAUUCUUGCCCAUUGCUGCGUAUAGUUCUUGUGUCUGCCGUGAAAUAUAAAAAUGCAGUUGUUGCUAUUUUGGAUACCUUUCUAUGCCUUUGACAAUAACUUUUAUAAUGCUACACUGUAUGUUCUACCUGAAGCACCAUGUAUUGACAGCCUUCUUUUAAGAAUCAAGUGUAAUUUGAACUCAAGUGAUCAUGUGUGAAAAAGAAAUGAAUUUAAAGAUGCUACUCAAUAUUUUGUCUUGAAGCAAAAAGGACUGAAACAUAAUUAAUAUUGUAAAUUGACAGACAGUGCCUUGCCCAGGUUUUUCAUCAGAUCUUGCUGCUUCAAUUUUUCCUUUCACCAAGGAUAAAAAAAUUAAUAAAAGUCUAAUUAAACUGUA